AAGUUACAGCUGAUGGGAAGCGUAGAGUACGAUGACUACGACUACGAUUACGAAGCGAAUCUCACCGAUGCCGAGUACGAGGACCUCGUUCGGACCACUUUGUGGCCUCAAACGCUCGAGAAGACUUUCGUCGUUAUUCUUCUGACUAUGAUGGUCAUCGGCGUGAUUGGAAACACACUAGUCGUUAUUGUUGUCAUCUCGAAGAGAUCCAUGUGGAGCCAGAUGAAUAUCUUCUUGACAAACCUGGCCUGCGCAGAUCUACUCAUUCUAAUCUUUUGUUUGCCUCCGACAAUUAUCAACGACGUAACGAAAACAUUCUGGUUCUCCGAAGCUUGCUGCAAAUCUAUACUCUUCUUCCAGAACACGAGUGUCUACGUUAGUAUUCUAUCGUUGAUGUUCAUCACAUUUGAACGAUGGCGAGCGAUUACAUGUCCGCUGAAGAGUCCACUACAAACGACGAGGUACAUCAUUGUUGGAACUUGGAUUGUGGCAAUGCUAAUGUCUUCGCCAGAACCGUACACUCUUCACUUAAAACGGGCCGAAUUUCGACGGCCAAAUUUUUCGUCAACGUGGGGAACCCGCUGCAUCGCUUCGUGGUCUAGUGAAACAGAGCAGCAAUAUCAAAUCGUGCUCACAACAUGUGCCUAUUUGUCACCAUUGCUAUUCAUCUCAAUACUCUGCUUACAUAUGAGCAGAACGCUGAACAAGUGUGAAGUAACGGUCGGCAAGCGACAGCUAGCGAACCGAAAGAAAGCCGUUCGAAUGCUCAUCGCCGUCGUCUGUCUCUUCGCCCUAUCGUAUUUGCCCGUCCAUCUGCACAACAUCGCUGCGACUUUUGAUUUACUCGGUCGUGACCUACUCUUCAAGCUGUUUGAAUCCGUUGCUCUACAAUUUUAUGUGCAGUCGCUUUCGAAAGGAAUUCGCUCGCGUCAUGUGCUGCACUGUAAGUGGUAGGAAAGGAAGUGGAAGCAGCCGCAAGCUGCCUACCUCCGAGCGACUGAUACACUUCUCGGAGAACAUGCGGGUGGCGCAGAGCUCCAUACUUUGAUGUCUUUCGAGUCCUCUCGCGUGCAGAGGUUCAGCGGCUCCUCGUUCUCCUCUUGCUUGAUCUCGGUUUUCACGCUCGGCUCGCUGGAGACAGAGCGGGGAGAGAGCAAGCAGACUGGCGGCUUCUCCAGAAGCGACGCGAUGGACGCGUGCCUUUCGCGGAAUGACCUCGCCGGAGACGACACAUCGACGGCCACUGGCGCAGGAAUCGGCACGCACGUCGGAACCGGCGGAGGUGUUCGGAGCCGAUCGUUGUGCCACAUUCGGAGAGUGCGAACAUCGGCCAGCAGCGAAGGUGCGACCGCCAGCGUAGCCGGGCCGCCGACUCGCGCCAUCAACCACCAUAGCCGUUCGACCAGACGUGUGGACAGCGACGGAAGCGGCAGCAGCACAUCUUGUUGGCAGACUGCCAAGGCCGUCAGCAGAGAAGCACAGCCAACCGGCAGUGUCCGUAAGCGGUGCGAGAAGUGUGUCAGUGAGUGCGUCAGCAGCGGUGAAGCUGGCAGCGCCGUCUCUGCGCCAGGACCUCGAGAUGCGGAAGCCAGUAGGAGCACGUCGAACACGCAACUCUGAAAUUACUAGGCUUUUUUUUCAUUCUGCGGGUGUAACACGAGCUCAAUACUGUGAUACUCUUGGGUUAUUUAUGUGUUGAUAUGUUGAUAAACAUUG